CCUGACCUAAUCGCCAACCUGCGAAUUCUCGCAGAUUCAAUAGAGAGAAACAGAGAAGCCGAAACUAGGGUUUAACAGAGGCGCAGUAGAAAUCAACUAUAAGGGUUAGAUUUUUCGAUUCAAUUAGCUUCUGGGUCUAUCAUUUAGUAGCGAUGGGGAAAGUAGAGCAGAAGAAACGUGAAAAUUUCAAGAAAAAAGCAAAAUCUGGAGGAUUUGAAUCAAUGGGUUUGAGUUCUGAUGUAUAUAGAGGUGUUAAACGUAAAGGGUAUACAGUACCAACACCUAUACAGAGGAAAACGAUGCCACUUAUAUUGUCUGGAGCUGAUGUUGUAGCUAUGGCUAGAACUGGUUCAGGAAAAACUGCUGCUUUUUUAGUUCCUAUGCUUGAGAGAUUGAAAAAACAUGUUCCUCAAGGUGGUGUUAGAGCUCUUAUUCUUUCUCCUACUAGAGAUUUGUCUUUACAGACUUUGAAGUUUGCUCAGGAUCUUGGCCGUUUUACUGAUCUUCGUAUUAGUUUACUGGUUGGUGGUGAUAGUAUGGAAACCCAGUUCGAGGAAUUAGCACAAAAUCCUGAUAUCAUCAUUGCAACUCCUGGUAGGCUGUUGCAUCAUUUGGCAGAGAUUGAUGACAUGUCUUUACGCACCGUAGAAUAUAUGGUGUUUGAUGAAGCUGAUUCUCUCUUUGGCAUGGGAUUUGCUGAGCAGUUGCAUACUAUCCUGGCACAGUUAAGUGAGACCCGUCAAACGUUGCUCUUCAGUGCAACCUUACCAAGUGCCCUAGCGGAGUUUGCAAAGGCAGGACUGAGAGAUCCGAGGCUUGUUCGGCUUGAUCUGGACAGUAAGAUUAGUCCCGACCUACAGCUCACCUUCUUCACAUUACGCCAGGAGGAGAAAUCUGCUGCAAUAUUGUAUCUAAUCCGGGAACAACUCAAUUCAGACCAACAAACGUUGAUCUUCGUUUCAACAAAGCAUCAUGUGGAAUUCCUCAAUAUUCUAUUUAGAGAAGAAGGUAUUGAGCCUUCUGUAUGUUAUGGAGAUAUGGAUCAAGAUGCUCGCAAGAUUCAUAUAUCGAAAUUUAGGGCAAGAAAGACGAUGCUGCUAAUUGUGACUGAUGUUGCAGCAAGGGGUAUUGAUAUACCAUUUCUAGAUAAUGUUGUCAACUGGGAUUUUCCUCCGAGUCCUAAAAGUUUUGUCCAUAGAGUUGGGCGAGUUGCACGAAAUGGUCGAACUGGUACUGCAUUUUCUUUUGUUACACCCGAGGAUAUACCUUACGUCCUAGAUCUUCAUCUAUUUCUCUCCAAGCCAAUUAGACCUGCUCCAACUGAAAAAGAGGUUCUGCAAGAUAAGGAUACAGUAUUGUCGAAAAUUGAGGGGGCAAUAGCAAGUGGAGAAACUGUCUAUGGGCGAUUUCCACAAACUGUUAUUGAUCUUGUUUCUGACAGAGUUAGGGAAAUUAUCGAUGGGUGUACGGAUCUAGAAGUGUUGCAGAGGACGUGUUCUAAUGCCUUUAAGUUGUAUACAAAGACAAAGCCUUUACCUUCAAGGGCUUCCAUUAAACGUGCAAAAGCAUUGUCACCGGAAGGAUUGCAUCCCAUGUUCAAGAACCUAAUGGGUGGCAAUGAGCUAACAGCUGCUGCCUUUUCUGAGCGUUUGAAAGCUUUCAAACCGAAGCAGACUAUAUUAGAAGCAGAAGGGGAGAAAUCAAAGAACUCACGUGGUUCUUCUAGUCAAUGGGUCGAUGUCAUGAAGAGGAAAAGAGAUGUUCAUGAAAAAAUAAUCACACUUCAUCAUCAACAAUCUGCUGAUCUUGUGGCAGAGGAAGCCAAAUCAGAAGCCGCACUUGACGAGGAUUUAGAAAUCGCGUUACCAAAGAAGAAGAAGAAAAAAGUGCUAGAGACGGCGGGUUCCAAAAGAAAGGCAGAAAGCUUCAAGGAUGACGAGUACUUCAUAAGUUCAGAACCAACAAAUCAACACAUGGAGGCAGGACUCUCUGUCAGAGCUAAUGAGGGAUUUCAUUCAAACAGGUUGGACUCGGCUAUUCUUGAUCUAGUGCCAGAUGAUAAUGCUAGCAUGAAGAAGAAAACUUCUCAGUUUCACUGGGAUAAGAAAGCUAAGAAGUAUAUCAAAAUGAACAAUGGUGAUCGUGUGUCAGCCAGCGGAAAGAUUAUAACUGAAAGUGGCGCAAAAGUGACAACUACCAAGACUGGCAUAUACAAAAGGUGGAAAGAACGGUCUCACAGUAAGGUUUCUUUUGGGGGGUCAAAUACUGAAGGACCUUCUGAUGAGGGAAGUGGAGAACGAGGAGGCUCUACAGUGUCCAGAGAUUCAUCACGAGGAAGAAGAGGUGGUGGUAGACCAUUAAGAGGGGGAACUAGAUCUCGAGCGAUUCCAAACGCGCACAUUCCUUCAGAACUAAGAGAUCCCGACCAAGUUAGGAAGAACAGACAACAGGAAGCAAACAAGGCUUCUUUCUCGAAGACUUCAAGAGGUAAAAAGUUCGGAAGAAAUGGAAAGAUAGGGGGCGGUAGGGGCGGUGGAGGUAGGGGUGGAAGUAGAGAUGAAAGUGGGUUCGGAGGUAGAGGCGGCGGUAGAACUGGUGGUAGAGGCGGCGGUAGAACUGGUGGUAGAGGCGGAGGUAGAGGUGGAAGCAGAGAUGAUGGUGGAUUCAAAGGUAGAAGCAGUGGUAAAAGCGAUGGUAGAGGCGGAAGUAGAGAUGAUGGUGGAUUCAAAGGUAGAGGCAGUGGUAGAGGUAGUGCCAGAGGCGGAGGAAGAGGUGGUAAAGGAGGUAGCAGAUAUUGAAAGACAACAAAUUAGGAAACAUCUGCAUCUCUAUCAUUUUGGCAUACAUUCUUGUAUCACUUCAUAUUUUUUCGUUUUCGUCUUCAAUAACCAGAAAAUUUUGGCAUACCAGAAAAUAAUAUUUGGAUCCCCUUCUUCUAAUAGGUAAAUUUAAACUCAGUGUUACACUUUGAAAAGAAAAAACUGGUGGUGCUUUCAAUCUAAUAGAUUGGUCAAUCGGAUAAAUCA